AUGGUUGUUGGUCCAACCAUUGGCACAGGCUUGUUCAUCGGCGCGGGCCAGGCGCUCGCCGUUGGCGGACCUGCCUCGCUACUCCUGUCGUAUAUAACUCUAUCAAUUCUGACCUUUGCCAUGGCGACGGGCAUGGCCGAAGUGUCCACUCAUAUGCCAUCGCAAGAUGGGACACUAGUCACGAAUGGCUACUUGUACAUGUCAAGCAGUCUGGCAUUUGCUUCAGCCUACCUCCGCUGGUACACCCUCGCUUUGUUCGUCCCAUACGAAAUCACCUCAGCGGUGGUCAACCUUGGCUUGUGGAAACCGGGUUCCACGAUCGCAAUCAGACUGGCUAUUAUCACGACCAUCGUUGUUGGAUUCAACUUCCUACCGGAAAGACUCUUCAAAAGCUCAGAGCGAGUGUUCACUGCGAUGAAGAUCGGCACAAUGGCGACCCUCUUCGUCCUCUCUCUGGCGCUGGGCCUCGGAGGUGUGGAUGCGCAGCCCCCAUGGGGAUUCAAAUACUGGAAACAUCCAGGCGCUAUGAGCCAGUAUCUAGUUCGAGGUGUAUGGGGACGAUUCCUGGCUUUCUGCCAAUGCCUUCUCGAUGGCUCGAUCGCCUUCACGUUUGCCCCUGAGCUGAUUGUGCACCAAGCAGAAAUGCCAGCAUCACUUGUGCCAGCAUCACUUGUGCCAGCAUCACUUGUGCCAGCAUCACUUGUGCCAGCAUCACUUGGCGAACCAGCGCUUCUAAGCGCCAGCAUCCCAGGUAGAGUGAAAUUUGACGUUGCUCAAACGGUGUUACCGUAUAUCCUGAGCUCCUUGGCAAUGGGUGUUAUGGCUCCUUUCAAUGAGACGCGUCUGACAAACAACGGAACGGGUUCCGGAUUUUCUCCUUACCUGAUUGGACUCAAGGACGCAAAUAUUCAAAUUAUACCUACGAUCGCAAUGAUCGCAAUCCUGCUCUCUGCGGUGGCUUCUGGGCGAUCCUUUUUGUAUCUUUCUUCUCGCACACUUUGUGCAAUGUCGGAGCUUGGCCAUGCGCCCUCGAUAUUUUCCACCCGUAACCGUUGGAACGUUCCAUAUUUGGCUGUUGCAGCAUCCGCCUUAUUUUCUUUUCUUGCCUUUGUUUCGGUGAAAGUCUCGAGUACAAUCAUGAACACCUAUCUCCUCCGUCUCGUCACGAGCGCCGGUUUCAUUUCCUCGCUUGUGUCAUUCGCCACCUAUCGUCAUUUCAAUCGACGUCUCAGAGUGAAUGGCAUCGCCAGGCGGUAUGCUUCCUCUAUACAGCCUUUUGGCACCUAUUUCGGGAUGGUCUUCAAUACCUUACUGUUGCUGAGCGGCGGGUUGUGGGCAGUGCCCAAGGGAAAUCUGAUCGGGUCUCGAGGAGCUAGACUGAUCACCUCAUAUGUCAAUGUCGUUGUAUUCGGCCUGCUGUUCUUACUCCAUCGAUUUCAAGACUUCUUACCCGUUGUCGAAAUUGAAAGACAAGUGGAUAUGGAUGGAUGUGGACAUGGCGACCGCGAUGGACCAAGAGAGCCUCGGACACCGAAGGCGUACCCGCAUCGGGGGAAACUGGACGUGAUCCCAGAAGGUUCCGGGGCAUUUGAGUUGCGACUCAGCCAGACUAUGUUCACAGAGCCUUUGUAA